GGCGGGAGAUUUGAUUUGCGCACAUCGUAGCUUCCCUACUGCCCCUGUUCUUUUCCGCCAUGAUAUCGGACAGAUGGAGGUGUUCUGGGUCAGCCUCUUGCUGAUCCCAUGUGUAAUGUCAGCCAGCAUCUGCGAAUCAUUUUUGCAACCACCAUCAGAUACUGAUCCAGUAAGAUGUAUGAAGCCGGAGCCAGCCAUACUUGGUGGAGACAUUACUCUUACUUGUAUCCUCUCACACCCCAUGGAGGCCUUUCAAGUGACAUGGUGUGAAAUAAAAGGCAAUAAAUCUAAAGACUUGGCAUCCUUUAGCAAAAUAUAUGGGCCACGCGUAAAACAAGAGUUUUCAGCAUUUAUUUCUAUCGUCCCGUUGGAUCCAGACGAAUAUUUCGACAGAUCAACCGUUGAAAUUUCAAAGUGGAAGAAGGAGGAUGAAGCUUGUUAUGGAUGUUACUUUAACGUAAAUCAUGCUGAAGGUGUUCCUGGUGACGUUUUUCUGGCAGAUAUUGGUCUAUCGAAUGAAUUUACAUGUUCAGCCCCCGGGACGGACAUCAUCAUCACCAUGACUCCACCAGAGAUAAAAACACAAAAGUCUGAGCAUGAUGUUAAUGGGAACUCUCUGCUUAAAGGAAGAUAUCGUGACCCAAGCGUCAACCCCUCCUGUAUAUUCAAUUUUUCACAGGAAGCAGGGGGAGAAAAGGAGUUAAAGGAAGGAUCAGAUGAAAUGGUAAUUUUGCAAUGUAACGCAACUGGAACAGAAAUAUCUCAAAUUAACUGGAACAAACCAGGAAAUGCUGUUGGAGAAAAUAAAACUACAGAUGGCAACGUUACUACCAUCACAAGUUCUCUUCAGAUCCCACUGUCCUCACUGUCUCCUCACCAAAUUGUAUCUUGCAACGUAAAUCAUGCCACAGAAGGCAAUCCAGACAAAAUGGCGAUGAAGGCUGUUGGAAAAUGGAUCUGGCCACUGCUUGCUGCAGUAGUAGUAGUGGCGACAGCAGCAUUUUUCAUUUGUAAGAAGCAUAAAAGAUCCUCUGAAAACAGUGAAGACAAAACAAGUAAAGAUGAAAGCCAGCUGAAAAAUACAGAAGAAACUCCAAUCCAAAUUGUUAGCGAAAACAGAGAUGAAACCCCAGAAAAAGAUUUUGGUGGGAAGAGAACUGAGAAUGAUGGCCUGCCGAACCACGCCAAUGGCUACUCCCCAAGGAAACUGGAGUUUGAUUGAAAAAAUUGGCAGUGACAUGACUGGUUGUAUAAUUUGCUGCAGCAUAGAUGUUUGCAAUAGCAGAAAAAGUUUAAUGACUGAUGCAGUGUUAAAUGAAGGAAUUGGACAGACGACACGUUGUCACGUCGUGAAAGGACAACUCCGCAACUACCACUGCUAACCAACAACCAGCUGGGCAUAGAUAACUCUUUACUGAACUGUAGAGUGACGUUCAGUUACAGCUCCAUGUACCACUUCCCUCUCUGCUUUCCUCCCCUGUGUACAUCUUCCCCUUUCUUGGAAAUGUUUCCCAGUAUUACAAUGCCUUGCUUCCUGGACCUCUCCAACUCCACUGCCUUCCCCUGUAUUGGAAUUUCCUUCAGUAACCUUUUCUUUUCUGCUCUCUCACCUCCUCUCAGCUCUACCCUUUUAGUACCAUGCUCUGCAGCCGUUCUUUCCCAUAUGUCUGCGUUUUUUUAUGUAUAUGUAUGUUUGUAUUUGUUCUUAUAGAUGUUUUUACAUGUUUUUUAUAUGUAGUUGUGUGUGGUUGCCAUACUCUUUUAACCAUCAUAUAGGGGUUGACAAUUGGAACAAAGAAAAAAUCUCGCCAUAAUACUAGCACCUGUGAGCUUGUUAUAGUGCUAUUAACCACUUCCCGACCGCUGCAUGUAUAUGUACGUCCACAGAAUGGCACGUACAGGCAAAUGGGCGU